GAAUGGCUUGUGUCUAUUUACGGUAUCUGGACGCUUAACAUGGUCGCCACGACGGUCUAUGCGAACCUCGGUGAAGAUGCCUUGAGAUACGCCCUCUCGGAGACCGAUUCAGCGGUUAUCAUUUGCAGUGGCCGGACACUGAAGAUGCUUCUUACGCCGCUCCGUGAACGAGGGCUCCAUCCCAUCAUUGUUUGCCUCGAUAGCGUUCCCGUUGAUGUCGACAAGGGUGACUAUCAAAUCGUUGCGUGGACGGAUGUUGUGAAAAAGGGCGCGGAGGCAAAACAUGCCAUAAACAUUCCCACCGACAACGACAUUGAGGCGAUGAUUAUGUACACAAGUGGCACGUCCGGUGAUCCAAAGGGCGUCAUUCACACCCACGGUUCGAUUGCCGCGGGUAUUAAUGCUCUUGAAGAGCGACUAAGCGAUCUUUACAAUUCGACAGCAGAAACGGAAACGUACUGUGCCUUCUUGCCACUUGCACAUAUUCUCGAGUUUGGCAUUGUUAACAUCUUUUUGAAAAGAGGCAGUCUGGUUGGUUUUUGUAAUCCCCGGACCCUUACAGACGAAUUUGCCAUUCCGCACGGUGAUUUCAAGGAGUUUUCCCCAAAAAUUAUCAUUGGCGUGCCGCGCAUCUUUGACACGAUCAAGAAGGGUGUAGAGAGGAAGAUUCCACCUCCGAAUAGUUUAAGACGAAUGAUCUUUGACAAGGCAUUCACCUCACGUCUGAGCGCCAUCAUGAGGGAAUAUGACACGCCUUUCUGGAACCAAAAGGUAUUUAACGAUGCGCUCAAGUUGCUUGGGGGGAAAACAUACGCAAUGCUUUCCGGCGGUGGCCCUCUUAGUGCUGAAACGCAGGAAUUUAUUGACGUUUGUUUUGGCGGUCCGAUAGUGAUUCAGGGCUGGGGUCUCACAGAAACGGUGUGUUGCGGUGCGACGCAGCGCCUGGAAUACAUAGCAACAAACGACGUUGGUCAGCUAGUUGUGACAGCAGAAAUGAAGCUGCUGGACGUGGAUGAGUACAAGCACACGGACACUCCCGAGCCGCGGGGGGAGAUUCUUCUGCGGGGCCCGUUCCUCUUCAAGGGCUACUACAAGCAGGAAAAACUCACGCGGGAGGCUCUUGACGAGGAUGGCUGGUUUCACACGGGUGAUGUUGGCAGCAUUACGGCGAACGGUUCCCUGCGUAUUAUUGGCCGUGUGAAGGCACUGGCGAAGAAUGUGCUGGGAGAGUACAUUGCAUUGGAGGCACUGGAGUCCAUGUAUGUAGACAACGCACUUUGCGUGCCUAAUGGUGUGUGUGUGCUUGUCCAUCCUGCUCGUUCGUACAUUUGCGCGCUGGUGCUGACAGAUGCUGUAAGGGCGGCCAAUUUUGCUAAAAAACACGGUCUGCAGGGUUCAUUGGAGGAUCUGCUUAAUAACGAGACUUUCCACGAAAAGGCAGCGGAGUCGUUGGCCGCCACAGCGAAGAAGGCUGGACGCAAGUCAUUUGAAUCGGUGAGGUACGUUCGCGUACUAACCGACGAAUGGACACCAGAAAACGGUCUUAUGACACCCACCUCGAAGCUGCGUCGUGGUAACAUUGAGAAACAUUACACCGAACUCAUUAAGCAACUUUUCACUGAGGAUCGAUGA